AACAACAAUAAACUCUCUUUAGAUUUAGGAAUAUAAAGAAUGUUUGACGAUAACUUUUAUCACCAUUAUUCAAAUGAAUAUUGAACAAACGGUAUCAACAUUUUUUUCUUAUCAAUAAAGAACUGGAAUUGUUUCAAGUUGCUUAUAAAAUUAAUUAUCAUAUAUGGACGAAUCGUGUGUACUAGAUUUUAGAACGGUUGAAAACAAAUAGGAAUAUGCAGUUAUUUGUCAAAGUAAAAGUUUUUCUUCUCAUUGUAUAUGUCAUUGGUUUGAUAAGUUCAACAAAGGAACUUGAUCGACUGAAGUCAAUUGUCAAACAUUUGGAAACUAGACUUAAUUUCGAAUUUACACUCAGAGACGAAGAUAUUGCUGAAAUAACAGUGCGACUGAAUGACAUCGAUAAAGUGUUAAAUGAAACCAUUGGAAAAGAACAUUCUAUACCUCCAGUGGCCACAAAAGCUAGUAAGAUUGAUUUUGAAACAGUCGAUACAUUGAAAGAUGAUUUUAAUAGACUCAGGGCUGCGUUCAACGAGGAAAAGUCUGAGGCUAAAAGGUUCCGACGGGACAUUCCAAAGAUUGAAAACAAUUUGAUAUCCCUCAAAGAAGAUGUUGAAAGUUAUUGCAAAAUCGCUGUUAAUAAUACUGAUCAAUUAUUAACUAACUUUAGGACGGUCAAACAUGUGUCAGAAGACCAUAUUAUAUCGUCCGAAAAUGACCAGAAAGUGUUAAAUAGUAAGGUGGAACAGGUACAACUAAACACUGAGAAUAUGUCUAAACAAAUUAAAGACAUUAAAACUCUUGUAACUAAUUUAUAUUCUCACAUAGUUUACUUAUUUCAAGCUUCAUCGUGUCAUAUUAAACAAGGUUUAUUAUAUCAUACCUCCUGUAAAUCGUUAAGAGAUAUGAACAUAAUUGGAAAUGGAAUAUACAAAUUACGACAGGUGAUUCAAGUGUACUGUGACCAAACUACAGACGGCGGGGGCUGGAUAGUAUUUCAAAGAAGACUGAAUGGAGAAACAGAUUUUUAUCGAAACUGGACUGAGUAUAAAAACGGCUUUGGUGAUCUCAAUGGUGAGUUCUGGCUCGGUAAUGAUCAUUUGAGUCUACUGACAUCAGAUGGAGAACACGAACUUCGAAUAGAGAUUGAAGAUUUUGAGGGAAACAGUGCAUAUGCUAAGUACAGUAAGUUCAAGAUAUAUCCGGAAGAAAACAAUUACAAACUUGAGGUAAGUGGAUACAGUGGAACUGCUGGAGAUUCUCUUGAGUGGCAUAAUGGAAUGAUGUUCUCAACGUAUGAUAGAGAUCAUGAUAAAUCGUCGUCAAAUUGUGCGGAACGUUGGCAUGGUGCAUGGUGGUAUAACCGUUGCCACUAUUCCAAUUUCAAUGGACAGUAUUAUAACCAGCAUGGCAAAAUAUAUAGUACUGGAAUUAACUGGUAUCAUUGGAAGAAUAAUCACUACAGUUUGAAAAAAGUAGAAAUGAAAUUCCGUUAACAUGAUCAACGAAGAUAUUAUCACAGUAAAAAACUAUUUAAACAUUGAUGAAUAAUUGAUGAAAUAUGACGUGGGUAAUUUUUAGUUAUGUAAACUUUAAAGAAACUUAUCUUGAGAUAACUGAUCAAGAAAAAAAACUAAGAACACGCAUAGUCUACUCACUGUAAGGUUCACUAAUUCCAUAGUUACGUUGCUGAUUGCAAAUGUUACCUGACAUUAAAUUGUGCCUCAUACAUAUAUGUUUUGUUUCAAAGUCUUCAAACAAUUUAAAGAUAUAUAAAAUAUGUAGUGCAUUUUAACGUUAUAUACAUGUAUUAUCUUACUAGAUACCAUUCAAAGUAAAAUGAGGAAGGCAAUAUGUGAAUAUAGAAUUUAUACUGUUAUGAAAUGACUACAGGAUUAAAGAUUGCAAAAUGUGUACAAUGUUCUGUACAGAUAUCACCCGGAUAAAAUUGAAUUUUACCUUGAUAGUGCAUGGAAUUGAUUGGACUCACUUAACUGUCCAAAACAGUUAAAAUGGAUAUCGAAAUAUCCCACAGGAAAUGUGUUUGACGGUCAUGUUGUAUAAUCCAAACACUGAUGACAUAAUAUUUAUUGAAAAAUUAUGGAGACAAAACUAUACAUACCUUUAAAACUAUUGUCGCAAUGAAAAGGCAAUGUUUACCACUGAUUGAAUAACCAGAUUCUAUGUAACUAGCAUUGUAUGUAUUUACCUAUCUAUUAUAAUGACCGGGAACGAAUACGCAAGGCAUCUUUAGGACGUAAAGACUACAUGAAAGCAAAUAAUGUUGGAGUUGGGGUGCAGCUUCCAAAAGAAUGGCGCGAAGCUCGACAAAAAUUAUAUCCUAUCUUUAACGCUGAGAAACGGAAGGGAAAUAAUGUUAAAUUCAUAAGGAGAAAAGCUUUUCAUCAGUGGCAUUGAAUUUAAAUCACAGUAUACCAACAACACAUCAUAGGGAAGUCGUGAAGAGAACCCACUUGAUUUAUUAUCAUGGAAUGUCAACGGGUUAGUACGGAAAAUCGCUGAUCCAGAUUUUGUGGAGUUAAUCAAAAACAUGACAUAAACAUCUUAACUGAAACUUGGUUAUCACAAAAAACACAUUACAACCUGAAUAUUCAAGGAUAUAACGCACAUCAUUUGUACGGAAACAAAUCUGUUACCACACGUAAAGGACG